AGGUGUUGGGUUGAGCCCCAGAGAGAGAUUAGCAACGAGCAGAAAGUGCUGCUGAAGAAAGAUUGACGGAGUUGAAAGAAGUCUUGGUGGAGCCGGAGGAAGAGAUGGAGGAUGAGCGCAGACUGCUGGAUUUCAGCCGGAUCCCCCUGAUAAUCUUACAGCGAAUAGAUCCCAAAAAAUGUCUCUGUAAAGAUGAUGGAGUUUAAACUGAGCUCAGCAACCAGGAAGGAAACUCCACUUUAGAUGAGGAGGAACCAGAACCUGGGCAGACAAAAGAGGAGAAAAAGGAACAAGAACAUCAACGGUUUGUAGAAGAAGAGAGGCAACUCUACCUCAGUCUGGCUGAAAAGCAACUUGUGCUGAAACGGGAGACUGAUAACAUUUUAAUGAUUUCUUCUAACGUGCAAAGAGUCCACAGUAAAGAAGAACAAAGAAGGAACAAACUCCUCUCUCAGGCCCCCUCAGAAGUUGAGAACCAGGAUCAGGAAGGAAACAAUGAGCAAACAGGAAAAAGGAGAGAAGAGCAGAAGCAAAAUGAGAGAUGUCAGGAAACCAAACAACCAAAAGACACUGCUGACAUUUCAAAACCACUGCCUGACCAAAAUAUUAAUUCUUGUAAAAUUAAUAGUAAAAACCUUUCUCAAAAAGGUCACCUUAAUAAGAUGAGAACAGACAAGCCUAAGAAGCCUUUCUCAUGUGUGAGCUGUGGAAAAAAGUUCCCCACAAAAAGCUGUUUGAAAAUUCACAUAAGAACUCAUACAGGUGAGAAGCCUUUCUCAUGUGAGAACUGUGGAAAGAGUUUUGGUGAUAGAAGGUAUUUAGGAUCUCACAUGAGAAUUCAUACAGGUGAGAAGCCUUUCACAUGUGAGACAUGUGGAAAAAGUUUUCCAUGGAAACAUUGUUUGGAAAGGCACAUGAAAACUCACACAGGUGAGAAGCCUUUCACGUGUGUUACAUGUGGAAAAGGGUUUAUAGAAAAAAGCAAUUUAAAAAUGCACAUGAUAACUCACACAUGUGAGAAGCCUUUCACGUGUGUAACAUGUGGAAAAGGCUUUAGAGAUAAAGGCUACUUAAAAAUUCACAUGCAAGUUCACACAGGUGAGAAGCCUUUCUCAUGUGAGAAAUGUGGAAAAAGUUUUCCACGGAAACAGUGUUUGGCAAGUCACAUGCAUACGCACACAGGUGCGAAGCCUUAUACCUGUGUGAGUUGUGGUAAAGGGUUUAGAGAUAAAGGCCAUUUAAAAAUUCACAGGAUGACUCACACAGGUGAGAAGCUUUACACAUGUGUGAGUUGUGGAAAAGGGUUUAGAGAUAAAGGCCAUUUAAAAAUUCACACGAUGACUCACACGGGUGACAGGCCUUUCACAUGUGUGAGUUGUGGAAAAGGGUUUAGGGAUGAAAGCCAUUUAAAAAUUCACACAAUUACCCACACAGGUGAGAAGCCUUACAUAUGUGUCACAUGUGGUAAAUGUUUUGGACAAAAAGACAACUUAAAAGUUCACAUGAGAAAUCACACAGGUGAGAAGCCUUUUUCAUGUGUGAUUUGUGGAAAGAGUUUUACACAAAAAAUGCAUAUUGUCCAACACAUGAAACAUCACACAGACGAGAUGCCUUUCUCAUGCAUGACCUGCGGAAAAGGUUUUACAAGAAAAUGUGAUUUGGCAUAUCACAUGAGAACACACACAGGUGAGAAGCCUUUCAUUUGUGUUACAUGUGGAAAAGGCUUUAGUCGUAAAGGCUACUUAAAAAUUCACAUGAGAAUUCACACAGGUGAGAAGCCUUUCUCAUGUGAGACAUGUGGAAAAAGUUUUCCACGGAAACAGUGUUUGUCAAGUCACAUGACAACUCACACAGAUGAGAAGCCUUUGAACUGUGUUAGUUGUGGAAGAGGAUGUAUAAACAAAAGUUAUUUAAAAAUUCACAUGAGAAUACACACAGGUGAGAAGCCUUUCAUGUGUGUUACAUGUGGAAAACGCUUUAUACGUAAAAGCCUCUUAAAAGAUCACAUGCCAAUUCACACAAGUGAGAAGCCUUUCUCAUGCGAAACAUGUGGGAAAGGUUUUCAACGGAAACACUGUUUGGCAAGUCACAUGACAAUUCACACAGGUGAGAAGCCUUUCACCUGUGUGAGUUGUGGAAAAGGGUUUAGAAACAAAAGCUAUUUAAAAACUCACAUGAGAACUCACACAAGUGAGAAGCCUUUCUCAUGUGUUACAUGUGGAAAAGGUUUUAGAUGUGAAAGAGAUUUAAAAAAACACAUAAGAACUCACUCAGGUGAGAAGCCUGUGAAAAAGGUUUUAUAAAAACAAUUACUUGGUACGUCACAUGAGAACGAACAAAUGUGAGAAGCCCUUCUAAUGUGUGACCUGUGGAAAGAGUUUUGCGACUGAAAGCUGGUUAAAAAUUCACAUGAGAACUCAUACAGGUCUUAAAAGGUAUUCUUUUAGAUGUUUUGUUGAAACAAAUGAGGGGAAAAAAAUCAUAAUUUGUUUCCUAGAAAUCUAUUUUAAAAUAUAUUUUUAUUUUUAAGGGAGAAAUGCGUGUCUGAACAGAGAUUAAAUGGAUAUAAUGCCCUCAGACUUUAGUGUAGUGAUUAGUGAUCACCUCACAUUGAUAAAGUGCAUUUCAAGUCUGUUCAUGUCACUUUUCUGAUGCUGGAUUUGUUUAGUUUGGUCCCAGUUCCUUGGUCCACUUUUUUCUCCUAGCAAAAAUCUGCAACAUUCUGUCCUGUUAUUGUAGUCUGACUUUGAUUUGCUUCUGUUUGUUAAAGAUAUUUGCAACUGUGUUUCUAAGCUGCAGGGCGCUUUAACAAGUGUGACAAUCACAUUGAGUGAGGAAUUAUAGAUAAAGCGGGCUUUGACUUUGGCACAAAGCGCUCUCCUCCAAGGAGAGAACGGUGUGAUGAUUGUGUUGCAUGUAAUUGUGGAAUGAUGGCAGCAUUAGUGCUGCUGGAGGACAUUGGUGAUGGAAGAAUGUGGAGGGAACGUGUUUUCAGAGUUCCUGCUGACCUUCUGGUGUUGCACCCUCAGCUCAUUAUUAUGAGAGGUAUGUGGUAACUUUUGAGCUGAUUAAAGAACAGAGAUGAAGCCAACGUCUUCAUAAUUUCACUUUAUUCAAAAGAAUGCCAAACCCUUCUCUGUAUGUGUUCAAAACAUUUCUGACAAAGACGUUCGACCUGAGGAGAAUUGGAGUCUCAAUGAGCUGUUAAAUGUGUUCUCGGUGUUAACACUUCUUGUAACAUGUUAAUGUUUUUAAAUGGCACAAUAUAAAAAAUGUGAAAUAUAAAUCAUUUCACCUCUUUCACUAUAUAAUUAGAAAUACUUUUUUAACUGUUUAUUUUACCCUAUGUCUGAAACGCUUUUUAAAUGUUCUAAUAAUUUUGUAAUUUCAACCUGUCACAUAUUCCCCUUCAGAAAAGUUGUUGUCCCCAACAUCAGGACCUUCACACAUGAACCUCUGGUAAAUACCACUAUUAAAGUGCAAAAGUCAAACUUUUUCAAAAGGUUUACAGACUGGAACUCUUCAUACAUUCUUUUUGAGUGGGAACCUAUUUAGUCUCAAGUGUCAAUUCUUUUGUUGAGAGCAGAGUUAUCUCGUGUAUUGCUAUAAACACAAAUGUGAUUCAUAUUAAAUUGUAACAGUCCUCCCACUUAAUCUUUGAUAGAAAGAGUUUGGAUGAAAUCCAGUCUCUUCACACGAGUCUAGGUUAACUGCAUUCCCUGAACUGCUAAUAAACAAAUCAAUAAUGUAACAACAUUGUCUAUAAAAUCCCUGAAAAAAAUAAAGAGUAACACCAUAUACAUAUGGCAUGGUCAUUUCUGGGUAACAAUGCAAAGUCUGCAUGUUGUUAUAAGCUGGUGUACCCUGUAUCAUAAAUUAAUAUUUUUGGUUUCCUGCAUGCAUGUCUGG